GAUAUUAAAUAUGUUCUAAAACAUUCUUAUUUGAAGAAAAAUCACUUGACUCCUUUAGCAAUAGCAUCCAUUAAGACCAAUGAUGAUAUUCGUAACUGAAAGGAUUAUUUUUAAAAGGAGUAUUUUCAAAUUACAAACCACUGACUAGCGAAGUCUUCUGGGAAUUGUGCUAACAAUUUAUUAAAAAUUUUCUGCACCAGCUUGCAAAAAGCACACACACCUAGGUCAUUUCCUGAUUUGUUGAGGAGGUAAAAUCGAUUGAUAAAGUAUUGGUGCAUGAAGACGAAACCGUAGGUGGAUAAUCACUCCAGGGAUUGACUAGCGUCGUAUACGUCAUUCGGCAACAGCAGUGAGACUUGUUCAUACGCAGUGCGUCUAAACGAAGCCAGUAGGUAGGCAAGGGAGCAGACGAGCGGACCGAAGGGUGACGUCGUCUAUGCGAAUGGGCAGCACAUUGAAAACUUUAAACGCCUCGGAGUGAAACGGUAGCCGUUGGAACAUUUAAAUCAAGUCAGCACCCGUGACCAGGAUGUUGGCGUUAAUCAAUCGAAUCCUGGAUUGGUUCAAGUCCCUGUUCUGGAAGGAGGAAAUGGAACUUACCUUGGUCGGCCUGCAGUACAGCGGGAAGACCACGUUCGUUAAUGUCAUUGCGUCGGGGCAAUUUAGUGAAGAUAUGAUACCAACUGUUGGUUUUAACAUGCGUAAAAUAACAAAGGGUAACGUCACCAUUAAAGUAUGGGAUAUCGGAGGCCAACCAAGGUUUAGAUCUAUGUGGGAGCGAUAUUGUAGAGGAGUUAAUGCGAUAGUUUACAUGGUAGACGCAGCAGAUUCGGAAAAAAUCGAAGCAAGCCGGAACGAGCUUCACAACUUGUUGGAUAAACCCCAGCUGGCUGGCAUACCUGUAUUGGUACUCGGCAACAAGAGGGAUUUACCACAUGCAUUGGAUGAGAAUGGAUUAAUAGAUAGAAUGAAUUUAUCUGCCAUACAGGAUCGAGAAAUUUGUUGCUACAGCAUUUCGUGCAAGGAGAAAGACAAUAUCGAUAUAACGUUGCAGUGGCUUAUAGCACAUUCCAAAGGUGGUGUUCGUUAGUACGUGUAAUAUGUACAUCGUACCGCGUUGCGCAGAGAGGAGCCCGAGAACCGAGAAACGGAAUUGGGAACAAUCGAGUGGGAGAGAACGUUUGUUAAACUUUGGUUAAAUCCGAGCAAUUAUAGCGAACUCCGUAAUCAUAAGCUUUAGCCAAAGUUGAAGUUCGAAGAAUCCGUUCAUGGGGGCUCGGGAAUAUGCUUAUAUGCAAGAACCCUCGUGAGUGUUAUCAAUAAUUUGGCACAUCCUGAGGGCAAGUAGCUAUAAGGACGACUUUUUAUAUUUAUGUUUUUGGUAAUGUCAAAUUUUAGGUCCUCGUGCUUUUCUUUAAAUCUCACCUAUAAAUCUGCAAAAGCGUAUCGAGUAACCUAGAGAUACGAGACGGUAGUUAAUGCGAUUAUUGGCGCAAAGGUAUUACAUGUACACAAUUCCCGAGUUGUCGAGUGACUCGCAAAUUAGAGAGAAAAAAAAAAAGUGAGAACAUCCAAAUGCUAUAUGUAACUAAAUAAUUGUAUAUUUAACUUAGAUUUAUUAACAGUACUCUAUCGAUUUAUUAUGAUUCGUAAUGUAUCGUAUGAGCGUUGCGUUAUGUAUAUAUAUAUUACCAUGGAAUAAAAUGAUGUACUCCAUUUUGUAAUUAAA